GAGGUUGAAAAAUAGAUUAUGAUGAAAGUGAUUUUUUUUUUCUUCUCAAACCUAUUCAACACCAUAAAUGCAGUUCCUCAUUUCAGUGACUAUGCAAAAUCAUCCUGGCUUUCUGAGGAAGCCUGUGAGAGUGUGGAGUUGACAUGAAGCUUUUCUACUUUUUCCUGUUUUGUUUCACAAUCGGUGAGAAGGUAUAAAUCCAACAGAAGGACAACUACAUCAGGAGUCUGGAGGAAUACUUUUAAGAUUUGUGUUUCAUCCAAAUUACAAUAACUAUGAGAAAUCCUGUUGUAAGUUCAGCAACCAAAGGUGCCUAGCAUUUGUGACUAGCAAGGGGUUUGUUUCUAAUGCUUACAAAGGAAGAAUAGAAACCUAUCAGUACUCUGGAAUUUUUGAUGUACAAAUUUGGAAUCUGCGUAAAAUGGAUGCUGGGAUUUACAGCUGUUUUGUGGUCCAAACACCUGCCAUCCACAUGAUUUUUCAAGUCGAUAUCACGGAGAGUAAGCCUGUACUGAACCCAACACUAGCCUUGCCAAAAUCCACUACCUCACCAGUCCGCUCAGCACACCAACUUUUAGAGAAACACCCGGAGGAAUCUAGCAACAAAUGGAGCUCGAAAUUCACACUGGGGGCCAUUUCUUGUGUUGUGGUAAUCAUUCUCAUUCUGUUCAUCACACUGACUGUGUUCUACUACAAAAAGAAAUCAAAAGAUAAAUGUGGUUCAAACGUCCCUAGUUUACCCAACAUCACACAACACCCACCACAAGAGCUCGUCUACACCACAGUGGACUUCAAGUGCCAUCACAAAACUUCUAACAUAUAUGAGAACCUGAACAUCCACAACUCAAGCUCUGAUUCAGACAAUGCAGUAAAAACACAGGACAGUGUAGAGUACGCUACAAUAUCAAGAGUUUUAUGAUCAGCGUAAAACAUAAUCAAUACGUUUUAAAGUG